AAUCUGAAACAUUUAGAUUUGAUUUUGUACCCAUAAAGUUUUGAACGUCACAAAUUUUUUGGACUGGAAAGACGGUUUAGUUUGACUUUUAGCUUCAUAAAAUUGCCAUUUAAAGUUUCAAUUUUGGUUGCAGCAUAUAAAUAAUAAUAAAAACUUUAGUGCCAUCGGCAAUUAUUCCGCAAAACCUGUUUUGUUUUUCAAAAAACAAACUGAUUCUUCCACUUGAAAUAAUGUCAUACGAGAGACUGUACGUUCCGAAUUCAGAUGGAAUAUUUGAAUCGCCGCUCGGAGAGUUCGACACUUCUUUGUACACGGACAGAUGGGUGACUGUCGCGGACUACUUGGAAGAAGUGUUCACCCUAAUGUACCCCCACAGCAGAGUUAUUGAGGCGUUGACAGACAGAAAUAUCUCAUACAGCCAUUUGUUCGCUGUCGGACAGAGAGUGAAAUCGCAGCUAAUCGACGCCGGACUUGAAAGGUCAGACCAGAAGAAUGAGACAAGAGAGAGUAAGGCAAAUGAAAAGAAUGAAACGAAUAAGAUGAAUGCGAUGAAUGGGGGUGUUUGCACUAGAGAGAAAACGGUCAUCCUCAUGGUGGGGGAGAACAGUUUGGAGUGGCUGGCGGUCUUCAUUGCCUGUCAUCUGAUGAGGGGCGAAGUUGUCUUCUCUGCCACCCACCCUAGCUCCCCCUGGCCUGAGAUUAGCAGGAGUAUCACCACAACAUGUGCAACUGUUCUUGUACUCACAAGAAAUUGCUAUCAAAAGAUAGCCGAGGAAAUAGACCAUCCAUUCCUGACACAUGUCAUAAUCACCGACUCCAGAGGAGGAGAGGGGCUUGGAAAGGGGGAGGGGGAGGACGAGGGAGGGGAGAGUUAUGAGGUCACUUUGACCAGUACGAGACGGGAGCAGAUAGAGAACCCUGAGUACGACAGACAUGAACUGGACGAUGUUUGCCAGAUGCUGCUUUCUUCUGGAACAUCAGGUUCGCCUAAGCCAAUCAAAAUCAGCCCUCAGAUGAUCUUCUACAACAUCUUGGCCUUGGCCUCCAAGGGAACAUAUGUAUACUCUCCAGCUGACAUAUCCCUUCUGGCCCAGCCUCUUUCCCACGUGGGGGGCCAAAACAUUGCGUUCCUCAGUGUUAUCUACCAUGGACCCUCAUUGGUAGUGACUGAUUACCCCGGGUCAGUGGGAGUGCUAGAAAUGGUGCAAAAGUACAAAAUGACUCACAUCAUAGCAGUUCCUGUGGUGCUGAAUUUCCUGUCCCAGUACGAACAACUAGAUCAGUUUGACCUAUCUUCUCUCAAGUAUAUUUUGGCUGGAGCAACAAUUCCUAACUUUGAAAAGGUCAAUCUGCUCCUGAGGAGGGCAAAACUGGAGGGAAAGUGCAGGCUUAAGAACAUAUACGGCGCAUCUGAAUUAUGUGGGGUAGUAUUUGCUACCAACGACCGCCUCCUAACGCCCAUAGAAUCAGUGGGGGUGUGUGCACCUGGAAUCUCUUUCAAAAUAGCACGGAUGGGGGAGGAAGAAAGAGACAGAAUAACCUCUACCGCCCCGGCGUCGGGAUUAAUCACUGAGCCCGGCGUUGAGGGGCAGAUGAUGAUUAGACUUCCAAAUGGGCAACAACUGGAUAAGUUGUACUUUAACGACCCCCAGAAGACUAAAGAUUCUAUGACUGAGGACGGCUUCUACAAAACAGGUGACAUUGCAAAGCUAGACGAGAACUGUAAUGUGUAUAUAACUGGAAGAAUGAGUGAAUCCAUCAAAUUCAGGGGCUUCUACGUCUCCGCUGACGAAAUAGAGGAGAUUGUGAUGCAAAGUGACUUGGUUAUGGAUUGCGCUGUCGUCGGUGAGCCCAGCGUCAGCAACGUGGAGAGCCCAGUCGCAUUUGUAGUCCCCUCCCCCAAAGGGACAUUAAUGCCCCAGGAAAAAAUAAAAGAGACACUUAUAGCACACGUGGCUGCCUCAGUGUCAGCUUACAAACAGAUUAGGGAAGUGUACUUCAUAGACCAAAUUCCGAGAAACGGAAAUGGGAAGACGAUGAGAAAAGAGUUGAAGAAAGGGCUCAUCAAAUGAUAAAAACAUGAUAGCUGACAAUUUUGCCCCCUGAAUAACAUAAACUAUUACUCUAGGAAAUAAUUGUUUAAAAUUACUGCUAUGUAAGAAUAAUCUAAUUAAUUUGAGAAACAUCAACAUGGGGAACCCUAUUGAAAUGACAAGCUUAGAUUGGCUAUUUUCCAG